AUGUAUUACACAUUUGUAAUUGUUGGAUUACUAUUUAUUGUCUAUAUAUAUGCGUAUAAUAAUGAAGAUCGAUAUUAUUUUGAAUUAAUCUUACAAACAUUAUGGCGAUAUCCAAUUAUAAAACAAAUACUUAUUCGUUUGUGUAGUAAAGAACUUGAUAAAUGUAAAAAUGAUCAAAUAUUACGAACUUAUACAAAUAUAAUUAAUGAUAAUAGUUUACAAAAAAUCUUAGAUAAUCUUAUUAAAUGUUUUAUUAAUUCAGAAACAUGUAUUCAAAUCGAUAAUUGGCAACAAUGGUCAAAAUGGAGUUCAUGUUCAGUUACUUGUGGAAUUGGUCGUAUUGUACGCAGACGUUCUUGUAAAUCUGAUCGUCAAUGUUUAAUAGAUUCAUUUUCAAUUCAAUCUGAUUAUUGUUUUAUGAAAUCGUGUAUAAAUAAUGAUCGAAAAUAUUUCAAUAUAAUAGAAAAUAAUAUAAAAUCAAAUUCUAUUGAUCAUAAAUUAAUACAUAAUAAUUUAAAUAUUAUUUUUAUUUUUAUUUUUCCAUUUUUUAUUACACUUAUAUGUAUACCAUUAUGUAUAUAUUAUUAUAUAUAUGAAUGUGAUUUUAAAAUUCAUGCAUUAACUAUUUAUAUUUUAUCUAUAUGUAAUAGACAUUGUAAAAUGAAGAACAGAAGAAUAAACACAUAA